AAUACUCUUAUUGUUUUCGAUGUCUAACUACCUUUAUCAUUUCAUGCGACCUAUCAACUGACAACUUGCAAGCAAGUUAAUUGUUAUGAUAAAAAAAAAUUGGCCAUCACGAAAUCGAGUCAAGCAAUCGACAGACUGAUAAGAUAAUCUGUAUAGGUAAAUGUUUUAAAAUUAGGCAUACGAGUCGUAUAGGCCUAUUAGGUACCUAAUUAUCAUUAAUGUGUCACAAUUAAAAGCAGUUUUUGUGGGCACUUUAGACUAAAAGAAAAAUGAUAGGAUCAGUGGUUAUAGUUUCAUUGUAUCGAUUUAUAAACAAAAAGCAUGAACCGCCUGUUUUUGGUAUUUAUCAGCAACGGAACAAAACCUAUUGGUUUAAAUUCUUGUUUAUGUAUAUUUAUCUAAAGCUGAGACAGCUUAUUACUUAUUUGAAGAGGCUUCUAGCUAUUGAAUUGGAAUAUAGUCCUGACGGUAUAGCUCAUGUCCAAGAACAUGACAUCCAGUUAGAAAAGUUAUACGACCUUGGAGCUCACAGUAAGGCUGUAGAUGGAGUUUACUUUAAUGGAAUGUCCAAAAGUGGUGAUGCAAUUAUAUGUGGAUUAGCGCGAAGACCUAACCGUGUCUGUGAUUCUUUUCUAUAUCUAAAGAUCAAAGGUGAAGAUCUUUUCCUAUCACCAAGUCUUCCAGACACAUAUCUCCAGAAGUCAGAAGAUGACGGCGAAGGACACUGUGUAAAAGGCAUUAAUAUAACUAAUUUUAUACCCAUGCGGGCUUGGACUUUACGUUACAACGGGGAAAUGAAGCCCAAAAGCAACUCGAAUAAAACGGUUAAAGUCGAAGCGGACUUGACGUGGAGUGCGCAAUGGGCGCCGUUUGAAUAUAACUCGCAGAUGUCGCCUCGAAGCGUUGCGGACGAUAUGGCAAGAGAACCCUGGUCGAGAGACUACUUCAAAUUGGUUAAAAAAUUGCAUCAAACACACUAUGAGCAAAUGGGAUACAUCGCGGGAACGGUGUCAAUAGAUGGCAAAUCCUUCGAACUAAAUAUGCCUUGUGUUCGGGAUCGCAGCUUCGGACCAUUUCGCGAAUGGCGUAAUUUCCAUCGCUACGUGUACCACUUUAUAUUUUUAAACAACGGCGAUUGUAUGGCUGUUGGUACUGUUUCACAGCCGUCUAUAUUAUCUCAUUUGACCAUCGGGUACGUAUGCCGAAAGUCUGACCAGACGGUAGCGCCAGUGGAUUAUUCCGACUUCCGCCUAUACCAGCACGCUGAGAAUCAAAUACUUCCUAAAAAUUACGGAUUUAUUUUCGAAGCAGGAGGUCAGUCAUACGCGAUACGAGUGAGCGUGAACGAAGAAGAGUUGUUCUAUAUCGGAAAAGAUAGAGAAGCAAAGUUCUAUGAACGAUGGUGCGAUGUUGAAAUAAACAGUGUAAAGGGGAAAGCUUGUGUUGAAUGGCAUUAUAACAAUACGUUGAAUAAACUAUUUGGUUGAUA